GCUAAAAUGCGAAUUGUGUGUGUGUGUUUGUGUUUGGAGUAGUUAAUUUGAAUUUUGAGUAAUUUGAAGUGUUUUUAGUGGAUUUGUGAGUGAAUUCGGGAGAGUUUGGAGUAGUUAAUUCGAAUUUUGAGUAAUUUGAAGUGUUUUUAGUGGAUUUGUGAGUGAAUUCGGGAGAGUUUGGAGUAGUUAAUUCGAAUUUUGAGUAAUUUGAAAUGUUUUUAGUGGAUUUGUGAGUGAAUUAGUGAGAGUUUGGAGUAGUUAAUUCGAAUUUUGAGUAAUUUGAAGUGUUUUUAGUGGAUUUGUGAGUGAAUUAGUGAGAGUUUGGAGACAUAAAUUAGCUACACUGGUUCCUGCUUCCACUUGGUGUCCAACUCGAUUUGUAUUUUCCCGUGUUCCGUUUGGUGUAGGCAACAGGAAUGGUCAUCAAUCUCUUGCUAAUGAUGAUCUGGAAUUGAGACCUGACCAACAUGGUGACAUGUUUGGAGAUGGACUAACUGCCUUGGUUGCAUUGGUGUUCCUUGAUGCUGUUGUGUUUCUCUCUUACAACCUGUAUUUUCUUAUUUGUGAUUUGAAGUGGUUUCAGCUGCAUCAAAUGUCAUUAGGUUCCUACAUGAAUUAUUUGCCUUUUGCACUUAGAUAAAUUUUCUGGUGUUUGUGAUAUUGAUGCAAAGACUCUUUCCACAUCAACCGUAGAAAGAAAGAAAGAAAGAAAGAACAUAAAGUAUGAAGAAUGCUUCCUGGUUUAAGAUACUGACUUUGAUUCUAUAUGUCCGAUUUUUGGUGUUGAGUAGAUUGCUUAAGCGACUAACCCAGGAGCUACAGACAUCUGGGGUGGAUUUGUGAUAGAUUGCUUCUGAUCAUGCUAAAUCGACAUCUACAUGACUUUCUUGACUGUUGAAAAGUGUACUUCUAGUCUGACAUAUGUGCAUGGUUAAUUUGACUCUGUACUGGAUUUUGCUUCAAAAUUUCUGAAUUAGGCCUGUUUUGAACUUGAAUCAAGGUAGCCAGAAUUCGAGGAUUUGGAUACCUUAGUUUGAUCUGAUUUUCACUGCCCUGACCUGACCUGAAUUGAUUUUUUUAUUCGUAAACAAAUUGGUUGUCAAAAGACAUAAAUAUGAAUAUGACCUGAACUUGUUCUAAACCAAACCAAAAUAAACUGAAUCUUUUUGGAGGGGUGUUGGACUAUGUUAUUUUUGAAGUUUUGUUUUAAAAAAAGGUCACUAUGCCAUAAAAAGAGGCAACUACUUUGGUUUCUUUUGUUUAUCUUUUCGUAUGUCUUGUUACAGGGUGCAACAAGGAUUUUCAUUCGAUUUGGAUUAGAUUUUAUUCCUAUGGUGAGAACUAGAGGUGGUGCUACUUUUAAAAAAAGGAGAGGCCUUCGUAGCUCAACAGGAGGAGUUAAAUUGAAAGAUACAGGAGCAUGUAUCAAUCUCGAUCAUGAAGAUGAAGAGCAUAUUGAUGGUGGAAGCAAAAUGAUCGAUGAUGAUACUAACAGAGAUAAAGAUGCUUGUAUUGAAAAAGGAUUGAAAAAGAAAGCUAUCACUAAGAAAAAGAAACCUUCUAACAUUGAGAAUGCUAUACCUUUGUCAACUGUGAUGAAAGGAAAGAAGGGGAAUGAGUCUUCUUCUUCACAUGCUAUUGUUUUGCCAGCUAAGAAGAGAAAGUUGGAUGAAAAUGAAGGUCUUAAAGUGAAGAAAGUGAAGGCAAAUAAUGAUAAGAACAUUGUGAUUCAUAGGCAAGAAUCUGCAAUCAUAGAUAGUGAUGUACAUAUGGUGCAACGAGGAUUUAAAACACGUUGCAGGCCAUUUCAUUUAGUAGAGAUGAUUAAAACUUUUUCAGAUGAUCAAAUCAAGGCUGUUAAAGAAAUUGGCUUUGGAGGUUUGUUAUCUUUGAAGGUGAAACGAACUGCAACUGAUAUGCUAUCAUGGUUGGUAGAUUGUUUUGAUCAUGGUAGCUGCAUGUUUACUAUUGAUGGUAAAAAAGAUUUUGUUGUGACUGAAUUUGAUGUGUAUGAUGUUUUUUGCCUUCCUUGCAAAACAUCUAAGAAAGUUGAAGAAAUUUCUCGUUGUGCUAAUGUCAUCAACCCUGAUUAUGAUUUAAAGGUUAAAUGGAGGUCUCAUUUUGGUCUUAUGGGUGAGAAUGAUCAGAUUCCUUUGGGUUUUUUGGAAUCUAAGAUCCCUUUACUAGUAGAUGGCGGGGAAGAAUUCAGACAGCUUUUUAUCAUGCAUGCUUUUUCAAGUUUUUUAGCACCUACGUCCAACAGAACUGUGGAUUUGAGAAUUGUAAAAUGUUUGGUUGAUGUUAAUCAAAUAAGAAUUUAUAAUUGGUCAAAAUAUGUCUUAGAUAGACUUUGUGAAGCCGUGAAGAGCUACAAAGAAGGAAAUAUAGAAUGGUUUUGUGGUUGUGUUUUGAUGUUAGAGAUUAUCUAUUUUCAUCGAUUGAGGUUUAGGAAUGUUGUGUUAAAUUCUACAAUACCUUUAAUUCAACAUUGGACUGAUGUGGAUAUAAGAGAUAGAAUUAGAAAUGAAAAGUUGUCCAAGGGUUUUGGGUGUGGAAUUCUUGAGUUUGAUACAUAUCCAGUGAGUGAGAAGUUGCAAUUUGAGGAUGGACAAGUUGUUUGUAAUCAAUUCAAGGAAGCUCCUGUGAAUCAAACUUCUGGAAAAGAAUCUGUUGUUUAUGAAGGUGUCCGUAGCAAUGUUAAGGGUGUUAUUCAGUUUGAGCUACCUGCCAGUUCAAUGUCUAAUGAGGAAAUCCGUUCAAUUGCUAUUGAUGUAAGUAUUUUACCCUUUAAUUCUGUCUGUCUGUUUGGUUUUUUCUUUUUUUUUUUUUUUUUUUUUUUUGUCACAAAUUAUUUUAUUAAAUCUAAGUGCUACAUUUUUUUUUCACAGGAAGUUUAUGAGAAGUUUUUGCUCAUGAAAAGAGAUUUAGAAGUGGUAUCUAACUUCUACAUGAAUGAGUUGAAAGUGUUAUUUCAGACUCGUAAAUCUAAUGAUGCUUCAACUUCGACACCUCCAAUGUCCCAAACUGAUUUAUUCUUUAUGAAUCCUCGUGUUCAUGAAAUUGUUGAUGAGAUUGUGUCUCUUGUAAAUUGGGUAAGCAAAGUGCCUAAUGGUUUGGAUGAUGAUGAUAUUGAUGAUAAUGGUGCACCUGCAAAAGAGAUUAAUGUUGUAGUUGGUGAGGUUCCAAGGAUAGGUUUUGAGCAUGUUUUGAGUAAUGGAAAAUCUAAAUGCUCCCUUGCUAUGGAUGUUAGUCUCUUUGGUGAUAAAGUUACAUAUGUAACUGAAUAUAUGAAGUCAAGUAAUAAGGAUAUGAAGGUUUUGGAUGCAGUUGUCCAGGAACUUGUUGACUACUGCAUUAGUGAUUAUCAUGGUUUCGAUCUCAAUGAGGUGUUGGUAUCUUUUGGCAAACCAUUUGAGAUUACAAGGAAUGAAUUCCUUUCAUUAGGUGCACCGGCUAUUGCUAUAUCUUCUGUUAUUAUUGAUUGUUGGGCUAUGUUGCUUAAUGAAAACCAGAAGAGUAGUGCACAUGGACCUCAAAAACUAUAUUUUGGUGUUUCUCAAAGUGCUUUUUUACUGAAAGUUGCAAACACAGAUAGUAACACACAAGACAUUGACAAGCUAUUUGACAUUUGGUCAAGAUGGUUGUUCAUUCCUUGCAAUGAUUUUGAUAUUGCAAAUGUUGAGUUGAUAUUUGUUCCUAUACUCUUGAAUGAGCACUUUUUCCUAAUUGUUGUGAAUUUGAAGGAAGAAAAGCUUCAGUUCAUUGAUAAUAUGAGUUAUGAUACAAAGUACAUGAGUGAGGUUGAGAAGUUCUCUGAUGUUCUGAGUGAUAUGCUGAGUACUUUUCUUGAUCAACGCCUUCCUCAAAGUAAUGACUCAGUGAAGAACAUGAUUGAGUAUACUUUGGAGUCACCUUCUGUAAAUUGGAAGUCUGGAAAACAGAAGAAUAAUGAUAGUGGCAUUUAUACUAUGGUCAGCAUGCUUUACUUUGAUGGAGCUGAUGUGUUCGACUGCGAUGUUUUGAAAACGGUUUCAACUAGACGGACAUUGAGAGCUCAGAUUGCUGCUACUCUGGUAUUAUCUGAUAUGAACAUUGUUAGAGAUGAAGUUCUUGAAAAGCUAUCUGAAUUCAGAUUAAUAAGGAGUCAAGUUGCAAAAGAUGUUUUUGAUGGGAUUAAGAAGAAAACAAAGCAAGGUAAAAAGGAAAAGAAAGUAUAGGCAGACUAACGAAUAUGUGGAUGAAGUUUUUUGCUCGGAAGUAUUUGUAUUUUGCACAGAAGUAGGAAAUCUAAUGUAAUGAUGUAGUUUGCAUCAACAAAUGGAUAAUCUAACAAAAUUGUAUAAGUGUUAAUAUAGAACAAUAUGAUAUGAUUCCAGUUCAUACAAAGCUUUUGAAUUGGUGGUAUUGGUAGUUCUUUUGAUAUGUAAUCUUUAAUUGACAUUCAAGAAGUUUAGUGAAAUAUAUAUUAGUUAUAAAUUUGGCGCCUAUGUUAUAAAAAAAUGGUACCUAUGUUAUUUAAAAAGGUUUCUAUAUGAUAAGGUCACUAUGUAUUUAAAAAGGUAUCUAUGUUAUUUAAAAGGUUUCUAUAUUAUAAGGUCACUAUGUAUUUAAAAUGUUAUUAGUUCAAUGUGUUAUAUAUAAUUAAGUUAUAAUGCAAAAUUAUCACCAUAUUCAUUAUUAUAUUUUGUAUACAUAUGUGACAAGUUUUCAAAGGACCUAUGAUAAAUAUGUACCUAAAAAUGUCUAACUUUUUUUUAUCUCUUAAAAAAGAAAAAAAAAACUUGAAAAAGGAUAUUAUAUUACUUUUUAUAGUCAUUAUGUAAGUAAAAUGGCAUUAUAUGAGGUAAAAAUUUCCAAUUACUAUGCGAUGCAAAAGGAUCACUAUGAGAUGCAAGAGCGUUACUAUGUGAUAAAAAAGAUUUCUAUAAUAAUCUGUCUCUAUUUAAAUAAAAGGUCACUAUGUAAGGUAAAAGUGUCGUAUUUAUAUUAAUCUAUUCUUAAGCUAUUCAUUUAGUAUAUCAAUUAAAAGAACGAGCCCCUCCUUCCCUAACUUUGUAUUGGCUUAAUCGAUGUGGAUUAGAAGAAUUGUUAAAAUGUGAGUAUUUUUUAUACGGUUGUUAUAUCAUAAUAAAGGUCAUUAUAUCACUAAAAAGGUUAUCACGGAAUAAGGUGUCAAUACGAUGAAA